AUGCCAAUUGACGCUGCAACCUCGGCUUUGAAUCUUUCGUUCCCUCCGACUACAACAGCGGGUUUUGUCGUUCCCCAAAGUCGCUCUUUUACGGUUUCGGUAAACCCGGUAGUACUGUUUUCAAUUCUCGAUCAUUAUCUUCGUAGACAAGAAAAUCAACACCGAGUAAUCGGUACCUUGUUAGGUGUUCGAAGUGAGGAUGGGAGUGAGGUUGAAGUUCGAAAUUGUUUUCCAGUUCCUCAUGAUGAAACACAGAAUCAGAACCAGGUUGCUGUAGAUAUGGAAUAUCACCACAACAUGUUUGAGCUUCACAAAAAGGUUAAUGCAAAAGAAAUAAUUGUCGGAUGGUAUGCUACAGGAUCAAAUCUUAAUCAAUGGAACGCCCUCAUCCAAGAUUUUUAUUCAAAAGAGGUUAUGCCACCGUUUCAAGCUAUCCAUUUAACAAUGGAUACGGAUCUCAAGAACGAAGAAAAACUUUUAGGUGUCAAAACAUACGUUGGUGCACCAAUUGGGAUUUCUGCAAAGCCAGAAAAUUGUCUAUUUUUGCCUGUCCCAUGUGAUGUCAAAUAUUUCGAUGCCGAACGAAGUGGACUUGAUCUUCUUGCGUCUGCAAAAGACGAAUUAAGUCGAUCUACAUCUCUAAUAUCUGAUAUGGACAAUCUUGAAAAAACCAUAGUCGCUGUUCAAAAGAUGCUGGAAAGGAUCUCGGAUUAUGUUAACAAAGUUUUGGAUGGGAGCAUACCUUCCAAUAAUACGAUUGGCCGAUUCUUAAUGGAUACGAUUUCAGUUGUACCCAAAAUUGAUAAAGCGGAAUUCGAAAAGAUGUUUAACAGUCAUUUACAAAGUGAAGAGGUUCAAACAAAUCAAAAACGAUAG